GUGGCAGCCGCCGAGUUUUCUCUAGACGAGAUCGGAGAUUUGGUGUAUCUCAAUCCAGCAUUCAUGCAGCUUAUUGUCCAUGCCUUAGAAAAAUUUGAAGAUCAGCCACUCUGUGUUUUCCAGGUUACAUCAUUCAAAUGUGGUGGUUUUGCACUAGGCAUAUCCACCAAUCACGUUUUGUUCGACGGAAUGAGCUUCAAGAUCUUCUUGGAAAACCUAGCCUCCCAAGCUUUCGACGAUGACUACAAACCGUUAUCAAUCCCACCGUGCAAUGACCGCCGCCUCCUCGCCGCCAGGUCACCGCCACAAGUCACAUUCCCCCACCCCGAGUUGCUGAAGUUUGAAAUUAUGUUUUCUUGCUCAAAUUACCACGUAACACAAGAGGAUCUCGACUUCAAGAUCUUCAACCUAAGCCAAGACGAAAUCGGCCGCUUAAAGGAGGAGGCGAAGGCGGCCACCAAAGCCACCGGAUUCAAUGUGGUCACCGCCCACAUCUGGCGGUGCAAGACCCUCUCGUGCGGGGGCAGCAGGGACAGGGUGUCGACGGUGCUUUACGCCGUCGUCAUCAGGGGGCGGCUGGAGCCGCCCCUGCCUGCUUCCUACUGCGGCAACGCAGUGCUGAGCGCUUACACGUCAGCGAAGUGUUCGGCUCUGGAGGAGGAGCCAUUCUCCAGAGUGGUGGACAUGGUUUACGAGGGGGCGGAGAGAAUGAACGACGAGUACGCAAGGUCGGCAGUUGAUUGGGGGGAGAUCUACAAAGGGUUUCCUAAUGGGGAAUUCUUGAUUUCUUCGUGGUGGAGAUAAUUAGGGUUUGAUGAGGUGGCGUAUCCGUGGGGGAAGCCGAGGUAUAGCUGCCCUGUGGUGUACCACAGGAAGGAUAUCGUAUUAAUUUUCCCCGAAAUCGGCGGCGCCGGAAGCAACGGUGUGAAUAUCUUGGUUGCAUUGCCUGCUAAUGAGAUGGACAAAUUUGAAUCUUUGUUUCGUAAGUAUUUGCCAUGAUUUUUAUUUUUAUUUUUUGGAUUUUCCAUUGCAAUUCUGCAGUUGAAUUAAGCCAAGAUUCC